AUGCCGGAAACCGAUCCGCCUGACUUUGAUAUCUCCCAGGCGCUCGCAGAUAUUGCCAAGUAUGUACCUCUAAAUGACCUGACAUGCUUUCCCUAUUUGACAUCAUAUUUUGUUAGGGGUGAAACGGCUGCUUCGGCUCUAGAAAACCACCUUGAUGUGCUAGAAGGCAAGGUUGAUGAGCUUGUGGCAUUGUUUGAGGAGAAAGGGCCCACUGCCCAGGAAACGAUCCCAGCAGAUAAGGAUACGGGCGACAGUCAGACAGAGAGCCGAACCACAAGUUAA